ACUUAAUGUUCCUAGAAGGGACUUCAAUAUAGAGGGCCAGGGCGUGCCAAAGGUGGAGAAGGGUUGAAGUCGGCAUCUCUGUACAAGUAACUAAGGGAGGGGGGACUGGGUGCGUAUCAAUUGUGUGAUCACCAGUAUGGUUCUACCAAGCAAACCCUCAACAUGUUUUUAAGGAUCAUUUUGAUAACUAUAGUAUUCCAGGUUGCUGAGAAAGCUGGAGCCCCUCAGUACCCAUUUUAUACUCCUUUUGUCCCGUUUGCGCCGUUUCGUCCGUUGGAUUUCUCAAACUUCUUCAGCUUUUUCAGACCGGCCUUCGUGUACUACGAUAGACCAUCCACCAACUACGUUAAACGGCCCGCCAGCAGCAUAGUUAAUAGCGGAUCUAACGCAACUCCUUAUGUAAGCAGCAGUUUUUCUGGCGGGGGUGUUGCGACUAGCAGUUUAAGCAGCAAUAAUGGUGGUGGUGGAAGCAGCCAUCAAGAAAGCUGCUCCUAUUCCUGUUCUAAUGGGAAAUGUGUAAAAAGGUGUAAAAAAUGCCAUGAUGGAGUGUGUACCGACAUCAGUAACUAAAGAAAGAUUUGAAACCAAUAUUUUGAAAUAAAGAAUUUUGUUUUAGAA